AUGCUGGGUUGCGUGAACCCAUUUGGAGUUCUUCAAGAUUUUCUGGCCAGGUGCUUCUAUAAUUAUGGGCUCUUUAUCAGCCAUCAUCCAAGAGCAUUUGCUUUUGGCCCUCUUAUUCUAACGUUCUUUCUUGCAUUCGGUGCAUUCAACGUGAGAAUGGAGUGCUCGAUCAUAUUUGAGGAUGAUCUUCGGUUUUUAUAUUCUCCAGAACAUUCGCGAUCGAGGCUAGAAUAUCAGAUACACAAGAAUUUUUCUGGAGAUACAUCGAACAGCUCAUUCGUUUCUGUGACUCUGGAGUCAAUGGAUCACGACAAGAAUCUGCUUCAUCCUGAGAAAUGCCGGUUGAUACGCAGGCUGAACAAGUACAUCAUGGAAAACCUGACUCUGACGCUUAAUGGGCAAGAGGUGAGGAUCAUUGCACGUGGUAAACGUAAUGUUAAUAAGUGA